AUGGCCGAAUCUCAGGAGCUGUCCAUGGACCUCCCCGUUAUUGACCUCGACGUCUUCCUUCACAACCCCCGUGACUCUGCUGAAGUGCAGGCAGAAUGCGUCAAAGCCGCCAACGCUCUCAUCACCUACGGCGCACUGGUGCUCCACGAUUCGCGCGUGUCUGAGGAUGACAACACCACUUUCCUUGACCUCCUGGAAGAUUACUUCGCCCAACCAGAAGAAGAUCUCAAAAAGGAUGAGCGCCCUGAGCUCAGCUACCAGAUUGGUGUCACGCUCGAGAACACCGAAAAGCCCAAGUGCGCCGUCGAUGAGCCAUGCCUGAACGUGAUCGAGAGACUCGCCCCUUCAGAGCGCCCCUUGGAUAUCAAGGGCCACGAACCCGACCCGAAGUGCAGAUUCUUCUGGAGAAUGGUCGAGGCCCCUCCAUAUGAGACUCAGUUCCCAGGCUUGAACGCCGACAACAUCACUCCUGAUGCGCCCCAUAUCAAGGAGAGAUGGGGACCAGUCAUGAACCAGUGGGGAACAUCCAUGAAGAAUGCCGUGGAAGGCCUCACCCAGAUGGCCGCCGUUGGCCUUGGCCUCCCAGCCGACACCUUCAAGGAUGCUGGCCGCUACGGCCCUCAUCUCCUGGCCCCUACUGCCUCUGAUCUCCAAAAGUAUGGCAAGGUCAACACGAUCCUCGCCGGCUUCCACACCGAUCUUAACUUUCUCACCAUCCACGGUCGCUCCCGCUAUCCCGGCCUCCACAUCUGGGCUCGCAACACAGGAAAAAAGAUCCCAGUCAAGAUCCCGCAGGGCAACUACUUGCUGGUCCAAGCCGGUAAGCAGCUCGAGCACAUCACCGGUGGCCUUAUCAAGGCUGGCUUCCACGAGGUCGUGGUCAACGAGAGCACCGUCAAGGUAAUCAACGAUCGCAAGGAGAAAUUCCCCAACAGGCCACUCGUGAGAAUCAGCAGCACCUUCUUCUGGCACUUGUCCAGCGAUUACGACUUGUUGCCCAUCCCCGAGCUGAAGGAAAAGGCCAAGGAGGUCCGAGCUGCCCAGUUCAACUUGGGCAAGGAUGAGGGCGAGGAGGUCGAGUACCCUGCUCUCAAGGUCGGAGAGCAGGUGUCCAAUGAGCUGAGGCACAUUGCGCUCAUGGCGAAAUAA